GUGUUCUAACCAUAUAUCACAGAACAUGUGCGUGUUGUGAAAAAAAUGAAAUAUCUGAAAGGAGCAAAUAUUAAAUGUCUUCAAACAUUUUUUUAGAAAAAUAGUUGCAAAGCAUUUUCAGAGACUUCUUCAUUAAGUGUCUUAAUAAUUUAAACGUUAGAAAAAGUCAUACACUCAUAAGUGCAUAUAUAAUUUUUCUUUGGUGUGACCUGGUGGCAGACACAAUGCAUGAUGGGCUAAAAGCAACUAAGACUGCAACAAACUUUUCAGAGAUUGUUUAAAAUUACCUUUGAAAUCUAUAUGAAUUUAACUUUAACGUUUAACUUUAUGUUGCAGGUACAGCGUGCCCAGAAAGAGGACUAAAAGAUGAACCGCAUCCUUCUUCUCCUGCAGUAUUCAGCUGCUUAUCAAGCUCUCAUAUUACAGCAUCAACUUGGAACGCUGCACUAUUGAAAUUGGCAUCCCUCAUGCGAUGCUUUAAUUAUGUUUUUUAUGAUUAAUUUGUUUAAUCUUUAUUACGUGCUGCCAUAUUGCUUUAAGUAAAGACUUUAAAUAAUUCCUCCAACAUUUUAGACUCCUCUGUGUCCUCCUCAUAAUGUUUAUGUAUGUAGACCUGCAGUAAUCACUUCUUACCAGCAGAGGGCAGUGAUGAUUCUUUUUUGAUCUAGACAUAUUUUAGUCCCUGAUCUAGGCCCAAGUAUGUUGGAGCUAAAGACUUCUAUUUCAAUUCAGUUAACCUUUUUCAAAUCACCAAAUGUUCACUAUUAGGGUCAAGACACUUGGCUGACCAUUGCCUCUUCAUACACAUAAAACAGCAACUUGUUAAUUGUAUGCAUCUAUUAACUUUUGCAGCUUUUUGCACUAGUGAGGGGGGUAGAGAGAGUUUUAAGUUUCUUUAACAGCAACAUAGUGUCAUAAACCACACAGUAAUUUAAUCUUUCAAAUGUUUGAAUGAAAACGUCUCUCAGCAAGCUAAAACGCAGCUGAGAGGUAAAGUUCAGCUCCUGAGUGUCUUAAAUGGUAAAGACAACAAGCAGGACCCGUCUCUUUGUAGCUCAAUAAAAUUAAACACCAAGUAGAGGCUGUGUAAAAUUCCUACCCUGUGCAGAUGUCGUGAAUAGACAAAUGAACAACACAGACCAAAACCAUUGUUGUACCAGGCUCGAAACAUUUUAAUUGUAAGUUUAUGGUCACCAUGGGGUCUAAUGGGGAUUUUUAGCUGUCGGACUAAGCCUCAAGUGGACACUCGAGGAACUGCAGUUUUUAUUUUUAUUUUAUUACGUUUCAUUUUUUAUUUUACAAAUUUUGCACAAAUGCAUUGAUUACAUUAUUUUAAUGUUGCCGCUAAGUGAAGAUGAGUUCUGAGGGGCUUUAGGACCAUGGAAGGAAAAAUUCUUCUGCUAUCCAACAUGAAAACGUGCGCUACAACACACACACACACACACACACACACACACACACACACACACACACACACACUUCUCCCUUCCUCUGUACUCAUGUAUUCCGCGCACGUCUCUUCCUCCGUAUAUAAACACUCAGUCAGUCAGUAGGCUAACUUAGAGCAGCUGAAGCUCUCUCUCUUUUUAUUCUCUCUCUCUCUCCUCCUACUCCCUCUCUCUCUCUCUCUCUCUCCUCCUCCUCCUUCCUCCGCUUCACCUCUUCUCUGCAGGACUCUUACUCCCCUUCCAGACGGACACCUGCCACACUGCACUCCCUGCUCCCUCUCUCACAGAGCACACCGGCACUCUUUGGGCUCUCAGAGUGCACACAGCGGGGGGGGGAGGCUGGCGGACAGAGGAGGGGUCGUUGUGAAACCUGGAUGGAUUGAUUGCAUGGUCGGAUGGAUAGAUUGGAGCAGGGUCUCGUGUCUCACCUUGGGAGGAGGGUUCAGCAUGCAAUGCCUGACCCCUGACCUCUGACCCCCCCUGAUAGAGCCUCUGUGGAGGAGGAGGACAAGGAGCACCCAGCAGAGCUCCAAAGAAGGAUGGAGGGUGGAGAGGAGGAUAGCCAAAGACAGAUAGCUGAGUCCUCUUCCAGACUUGGGAGGGCAGCCCCAAGAGUAGAAGGAGGAGGAGGAGGAGGCAGGGAAGGAGGAGCUGGAGUAGGGGACAGUGGAGACCCCUGCACACAAAAUGGCCUCAUAGACACCCAUAGGCUUGGGGGGGAGCCUCGGGAGGCGUUGCUAUUGGUGUACUCAGCUCCUCAAUAUCAGCGUCAUGUGGUGAAUACACCUCCUCAGCAGGAGAGGAACAGGAUGGGAGGAGGUCCGCCUCAGCUCCUGAACCCCAGUGCUCUCCUCCCCCAACAGGUGUUUUCCGACCCUCACUACAGGCCGGCCCCAAGCCUCCUCCUGUGCCCAGAGAGCGUUCUGCGGGCGUGGGGAGAGGCAGGGGGAGGCGACUGCUGUGAGACUACCUUCAUUGAAGGUCUGAGCCCUGAUGCUUCCUUCUCAGAUGCUGCUGCUGCCUCCUCCACAAAGGAGGCGCUGCUGUUUGCUGACGGGAGGUUUAUGGACUAUUCUGGAGAGGACGCAAAGAUUCAUACGCUCUCGUAUGACAUUGAUGACGACGACGAGUUUCAGGAGCUUGAGAGUGAUUACUCCAGUGAAUCAGAGAGUGAGGAUGCCUUCCUGUUGAUGCCUCCUAGAGAUCACCUGGGCCUCAGUGUCUUCUCCAUGCUUUGCUGCUUCUGGCCGCUCGGCAUUGCUGCCUUCUACCUGUCGCAUGAGACCAACAAGGCAGUGUCUAAAGGAGAUUUUCAUCACGCCAGCUCCAGUUCGAGGCGGGCUCUCUUCCUGGCUGUGCUGGCAAUCACCAUCGGGACAGGUAUCUAUGUGGGAGUGGCUGUGGCCCUGAUUGCCUACCUCUCCAAGAACCACCACUGGUAACCCUUUCAGAGGGAAAAAUACCCAUCAGGCACUGGGAAAGAUUAGGUUUUUAAUCUUAACCCGGAGUCUCAGGUGAGCUUGUUCGACAGGCUGACCCACAGCAAUGAGCUGGAGGAAGUCUUCCUCUAUCGGGAAGAGGAGGUUCAACAAAUGCCCGCUGAGUUGGUUUGUGUGAUGGCACAGUGAGAUACUUUAUCUGGGUCAGACUUAAGGGGCAUGUCAGGAGACUCUUGAGUUUUUGUACAGCCUGAAACCUUUGAACCAAUCAGAUUGCAGGGAGUUUUUGAGAAGAUGAGACACAGGAAGCAAAGAUGCUUUAAAAGAUUGUUGUUUUGUCUCUGUUUGAAAGAUAUUUCAAACAGUUUUAUUCACUUCAUUGAUUUUAGCUUAAAAUAUAAAGAAAUUACCAUUAAUCACUGAUUACAUUGAUGAUUAUUUUCUUAAGAGCUUUACAGAUUGGCCAAAACGAUUGAUACGUGUAUUCAAAGAUAAUUUAGCAAUUUUGUCAUCGAUUAAUCAGACAAUUCAAGCAGAAAUUUAACAUUUGCUUAUCUAAUGCACUCACAAAAGUCCUCAUGUUUCAUCCAAACAUCAAACCCUCUUACAUAAAUGAAUCAAGAAAGUUAAUGUUGCAGAACCAGAGCUGUAAGAAUUAAUUUACAGUGAUUAAAAAAUUCACAGUGAAAAUGACAUAAUGACAUCACACUAGAAGGGACAUUUUACACAAAAAGCAGUUUGAUAGCUCAUAACUGGAUCACUGGAUUGCUGAUAUUGGAUCAUGAUAUCACCGAGACUGAUCAUUGACGCUGGAUCUACUGGAUCACCUUUAAUGAAUCGCUGAUGCAAAAUUGCAGGGACUGGAUUGCCAAUUCUGGGCAAAUGGAUCACUGAUACUGACUCAAUGACAGUGUGUCUUGAUCGUUUCAACUGGAUCUCUUGGACUGGAUCACUGAUUCAGGAUCUGUUAACCAAUGAGACUGGACAGCUGAUUCUGAAUCAUUGGCUCUCUGACUCUGGAUCACCGAUGCUGGUCACUUUUUUUGGGGCUAACGUGUACACGUUCAUUUUUACAGGAAACAAAGACUGACUUGCUUGUUUUUUGACAGCCUGUCAAGGCUUUUCUGUCUCUUGCUAAAGAGAAAUUAUUAUUCUAUGAAAAAAAUAAUUCUUAAUUGAAUGUGUUUAUUCACUUUCUGUUUCACUUUCUGUGACUCUGUGAAGGUUUUCUUAAAAAGGAACAGCCGAUCAAAUAAUUUGCAAAACAGUAAGACUCAUGUCAGAAAAUGCCUGCUUGUCAUCAUUUCUUUCAUGCAAAGACACAAUUUCUGUUUCUGUUUGAUAGUUUCUGUGUGACUCAACCUGCAGAGAGGAGAGAUCAUCUUUCAGUGAUCACAGAAACUCUCCAUCAGUUUUUUGGCUCAAUCAGGGCUUUAAAAAGCUUUUUUUUUUAAAAACAGAAUGUGUUUGCAGAUUUAACUGGGAGCUGCAGGUCUGGGACCCCACAACCUCUACUACCCCAGUUGGGACAAUUGGGUUAUUAUAAAAAAAAGAAAAAGACACCACAUGAGGUCGGGGAAUAUUUGAUCGGGAAUAUUUGAUCACUUACCACAGUCAUUUUUCCCAAAAUAAGCCUGAUGCUAAGCUAAAAGACAGUCUGCUGUUAGCCAACAGAUGGUAGACAAGGAUGACUAGAAGCUUUGUGACUGUCUGAGCAGGCCCUCCAGAACAACCUUUUUCCCUUAGAUACAUUUAGAAGGAAAUUCCUCAGAAAGGACGACAGGAACAUGUAAUAAGACCCAAUCAUAAAAUGUCAUAUCGUAGAGGACAAAAACAAUGAAAUGCAAGAUUUAAGAAAUUAAUCUACAACAUCUUAAAAGUCUUUCAGGUGCCAAAACUUGCACUGUGUUCUUGAUUGUGAUUGGUUGAUCUGGAGAACUUGAGUCCUCUCAGGUGUUUGGGAUGACACGGUCUGAGUGAGAACAGGAAAACUAAAACUUUGAACAAAUCUGAACUAAACUAUCUGUUUGGAAAUAAAAAACAAUAUUUCUUAUUCUCACUCUUUACGUAUAAAUACUGGGCUAAAGGGCUGCAACCAUGCAUCAUCUCUCAUGUUCUAUAGAUUCUCUUUGUAGACACACCUGCUUGGCUGUGACGUCACACACACCUGCACAUCUACUGAAUGUUUUGUCUUAAAGACCUCUGAUGAAGGGGAAUGUGAUCCAUGAUGUUUAUGUCUGGAGCUAUAUCAAUCUGAAAGGACCACCCUGGACAGGUCAUAUGGUUGAAAACAAAAUAUGAAUAAACAUUUAUAUAUUUCCAUUGA